AUGCCCGUGCAGGUUUCUUCUGAAGCAGUUCUACCUAAUGCAAUCGUGGAUAUCGUCAAUAAGUACGGAAAAUCUAGAACUUGUAGAGUAUUCAUGGACGCAGGCUCUCAGAUGAUUGCGAUGAAGGCACCAUGUGACAAGUACGAUAAAAUGUUCGAACAGAUGAGGGUGUCACCAGAAAUUCUCGAAUUGGAAGCAAAUCAUAAAAAUUUAAUGGACUACUUGACUGAACACACGGGCCAAAACAUAACUAACAUCGAAGGCGUUGAAGAUAUAUACAAUACCUUAGAAAUAGAGGAGCUGAACAAUUUGACUUUGCCAACUUGGGUAAAUGAAACUCUCAUGGAAACUAUGAGAGUCUUAGCUGCCCGAAAUUUGGCACUAUAUUCAGAAACCCAGUAUAUGCAGAGAGUCAAAGGAGGAGUUCUUGUCAAAAAUAUCAUCGAUUCAAUGGAAAGAAUUUUGAAGGGAGAACAGGAGCCAAGAUUGUACUUGUAUUCAGGUCACGACAUAACACUUGUUCACAUCCUCAGAACUUUGCAACUUGUUGGCACUUCGCUGAAGCCGAGUUUUGGAGCUUCUUUGAUAUUUGAAUUAUACUCGAAUGGAGGAGUGAAGAUGAUUUAUAGAGACUCAUGGGAUGGUAAUCCAGAAAUUUUGGAACCUUAUGAGUGUUCAUCUCCAUGUGACUUACAAAGAUUUAGAAACUCACUGGAAGCUGUUCUACCAUCAAAUUGGAAGCAAGAAUGUGAACUCAAAUCAGGGUACUAAAUGCAAAAUGACGAAAAUUCAUAAGAUAUUUCAUUUGAUUUCAAAAAUUAUAUCAGUGAGUUAUUACGAGUUGUUAAAAUUAGUAUGAAUGAGAGGUUUUAUCCCUAGUAAUAGAACUAAUCAGUUUAGUUAGCAAAUUAUUCGUUCAGUUCUAGAUUUAUGUUGGAAACUAUUAAAUUGGUCAAUGGUCAAUGUUACCUUGACAUCAUUACUAGUUUCUGUUUUCAUUGAAAGUUGAAGAAUUCAGUAAUCUAUUGAAAAAACUGGAAAAAGAAAAUACCAUAAUCCAAGAGAAAUUUGAACAACUCGAAAGGAAAACUAAAGAAAAUAAUAACAUCGUCGUAUUUGGGCUGGAACAUCCAGGGCAGGGAAUCACAGUAGAUUACAUUACACGCGAGAUUGAGAGAUUAGUUGGAAUUGAGGUCCAGGAGACUGACCUAAACAAUUUCUAUUCUCUAAAAACAGAAACCGCACCUAUAAAAGUGGAAUUUGUGUCAUACCUAAAAAAAUCUUCGGUGCUGAUGAGCACGAAGAAACUUAAGGAAACGAAUAUAUACAUUGCUCAUGAUUUGACCCUAAAACAACGGCGAAAUUACAAUACUCUGAGAAAACAUCUAUAUGUCACCAAACAAGAUCAAAACACGAACUGCUUCAUCAGAAACAACAGGCUUCACGUUAACAAUAGGAUUUACACGGUGGAAGAUCUAGAAGCAACGGAAAACCUCGAAACGCAGGAAAAAGCUAACAACGCUCCAGGCACCCCAACCCACCCAUCGCAAAUCCAUCAAAAACAACAAAUAGAAAACUCACUGGCUAUAGGAACUAGACAACACCCAAUACAACCUUCUUUUCCCUCCCCAGAUCCCUUAUUCACUGGUACUCUUAAAAAAGAGCUAACCAGAAAAGAGCUUGAAGAGAAAAAUAAAAUAGAAACUCGCUUCAAUGAAUCAAGAAACAAUAAUUGAAGAAAGAGGAAGGUAAUUCAUGGAUGCAUUUAUAAGAAACUAUAAGGUGAUUCAAAUAGACACAUUUUGUACUGCAAAUCUCUCAAAAUGUAACAAAAAACUGAAUGAAACAGAACGUGAAGCAUUUUCUCUAUUACAUAAUAACGUGAGAAGUCUCCAUAGAAAUUUUGAUGAACUACAAGUGAUGCUCAAAGGGUUCAGCCUCAAUUUUGACUGCAUAGUAUUAACGGAAACUUGGAGAUUGCAUAAUUUGGAUAUCUUUGAGAUGGAGGGAUAUGACAUUAUAUAUUCAGAGGGAGAUUUGAACAAGUGUGACGGCAUUGUGGUGUAUAU